AACAACAGCUCCAAACCACUGGUUCAUUUUCCUCGGUCCCUGUGUUUGCUUCGCUACGUAAACCCGUUGCCAUGGAAAUGACUAACAACAGUUACACUAUUAUAUCAAUAUUCAACAGUAAAAUCAGUUGCUUAUGUAUUAACCCCAAAUUAAGGCUGUUGCUAGUGGGUUUACCCUUGUGCCCAGCGCAGCAGUGAAAAACUUCAGUCCCCGUCCACCUGCUGAAUGGAGGCCCUUCCGGUCUGUAUAAAUACCGGUCAGAGCGGACAAUCAGCUCCCAGAUUGAUUAUUUCUCCAUCCAUUUAGGAACCAGUGAGGCGCAUUGCUGUUUCCAAUAGGGUUUGUCAUGUAAGGCUAUUUCUGUGGGGUUAAAGGCAAAGCAGGAUGUAGUCUGUGCCUCGCUGGUUCCGUCCAGAUCACAACCGUGAAGCAUCCGCUCUGACAAAGCAGAACCAGACUCAGCCUCCUGAAAGCGUAAUAACGCACUACAGAGAGGAGAAUUGAGGAGGUUGAGGACACUGAGAUAGCAGAGCUGCUGCUGUGAAUAGUAACAGCGAAAAUUGCGGACUGUAACAGUAACGAUGAGCAGAGCAGGUCAACAACUUAUGCGCCUUUCCCCCUGGCUCUACUUCGGCAGUCCCGCUGUACUCUACCCGGCCUCGCUCCGCUCUCCUCCGAAGUGAUCGGGUUUUCACAGACCCUGCUGGGCAUGUAGCAGGGGGACACCUAGUGGCGGUGGAGGGCAUUGAGCCCCACCUCCAGACGUCCUACUCCAUGUGCUGCUUCAUAACUUUACAACAGAAACGCGUUGCCAUUUUUCUGAGGCAACAGAAGAAGAGAGAGCUGAUCUGAUUUUUAUAGCCUGAUUGGGAUUUUUCUGGGAUUUCAAGAAGAGAUGCCCAGUGGGAGGAAUGCUGCAGAGCUGACAAGGAUGGAGAACAACAUGGAUGAAGACAGCUCUUCUACAGUCAAUGUCAACAAUGCCAAAAAUCCUCUUAAAUCUGAAGAAGUGGAAGCAUCAACACACCAUCUCUCAUCUCUGUUUUUGGUGUGUUUGGGGUUGCUUUGUGUCAUACUGACUGCAAACAUCGUCUACAUGAGUCUGACGACGACCAGUCGGGAGGAAAAUAUCACAAGACUUGCAACAGUAAAAAAGCAACUGAUUGAGGAACAAAAAAUGAUGGAGAGAAAGUUUGAGGAGAUGAACCGAGACAGACACCUGAGCGAAGUAAAAUCGAGGCUUACCCAAGAGAGGCUUACUCAAGACAGAGGGAAGCUGAACAAUAAGACAGAGGAGCUUAACAAAGAGAGAGACGAGCUGAGCAAAGAGAAAGAGGAGGUGAACAAACAAAAAGAGGAACUGAGCCAAGACAGAAACAAGCUGAAGUAUGAGACAGAGAAGCUGAAAAAAGAGAGAGAUGAGAUGAGCAAAAAGAAAGAGGAACUGAGCAAAGCGAAAGAGGAGCUUAGCAAAAAGAAAGAAGAGCUGAGCAAAGAGAAAGAUAAGCUGAGCAAAGAUAAAAGGGAGCUGAGUAAAGAGAAAGAGGAGCUGAGUAAAAAUACAAAAGAGACAAGCAAAGGGAAUGAGGAUCUCAGAAAAGAGAAAGAGAAACUGAGUAAUGAGAAAAAGGAGCUGAUGAAAGAGAAAGAUAAGCUGAAUAAAAACAAAGCAAAGCUGAGCAAAGAGAAAGAAGAACUUAGCAAAGACAAAAAAGAGCUGAGCAAAGACAAAGACAAACUAAACAAAGAAAAAGACAAUUUAAGCGACGACAAAAAGAAGGUGAGCAAAGAUAAAACGGAAAUUAACAAAGAGAAAGAUGACCUAAACAAUUUAAAAAUGGAGCUGGCCAAAAAGGAAAAUGAGCUGAACAAAAAGACAGAGGAGUGGAAGGAAGAUGAUCGGGUUUUCACAGACCCUGCUGGGCAUGUAGCAGGGGGACACCUAGUGGCGGUGGAGGGCAUUGAGCCCCACCUCCAGACGUCCUACUCCAUGUGCUGCUUCAUAACUUUACAACAGAAACGCGUUGCCAUUUUUCUGAGGCAAUAG